AUGCCACCACGUCGAUCAAGCGCAAGGGCGGCAAGCGCUACGCCCAUCAGUAAUGCAUCACCCGCAAAAAGAUCGGCUCGUGGUGGGAGUCUUUUGACUGUUCCUGACUCAAUAAGAAGGACGGCUAGAGGUGCCUCCCAGCAACCUGCAUCAGAAGUCAGUGUCAAUAAUCCACGACUACCUGAAGUGCAGAUACAGCAAUCAUAUGCGUACGGGUCAAGCAAGACUCCAGUACUUCCGACUCAAUUGAUUGCUCGCAGUCGGAUGAAUCUAAAAGAACUCGCGGACAACAUUGAUGCAGGAGUAGAGCAGGCUCAACAUCACCUGCAGAACCACCUCGAAGAAGCACAUGCUAAUCUACAGAAUGAUGCGCGAGCGGAGAGAGCAGAACGAAGAGCAUCCCGAGAAGCUUCAGUUGCGAGCGAUGACAAUGAGAAGAACAAAAAUCAACGUGUUGCCGCAUGGGCAAAUUCGCUUGACAGCAGCCAACUCGAUGAAAUUCCGGAGGAAGACAGUAGUGAUGGUGCGAGUAAUGCCGAUGGUGCAAGUCGCAAAGACACAGAUCCGUCGAGUUUUCCUAGUGGGAUAUUCGACCAUAGUUACAACUACGAAAGAGGCCUCCGGAGACCGAACAUUACGAUAAAAAAGCAAGAGCCAUCAAUCUUUCAGAGAGCUUCAACAAGAACGAAAGACAUCAUUGAAACAUCACGUCAGUCCCUCUCAAGAAUAUCAAAUACCGCGCUUGACUGGACUCUCCAAUUUCUACGAGCAUGUUCAGAUGCUGUCAAGGAUAUCCCAAAUUCACCAAUCAUCGCUUUCCUCGUUACCAUGAUCUUCGGCCUCGUUCUUGCCAGCGUGACUGGGUUUGUGUUUUGCUAUACAUACAGUCACCACGUAUGCGAUCCAUUGACCUCCUCACCAAUAGGUUUGGCUCUCCAAAAAUACUGCGGAUCAUGUGUCCGGGAUCCAAUGCCAUCAAUGAUAAUUACCUCCGGUCAUGGAGAGGAUUUCAGCAAGCUGACUUCAGCAAUCAACAGCAUCAACGGUCAGCUACGCUCAAUGGAUGCCCGGUUGUCCGGCAGAAUUGAGUCAGAGCAUGCAGCUAUAGACAAGGACUUCGAAGCGCUGAGGAAGCAGCACGCCGAAUUAGCAAAUCAGUUGUCGCGAAUCGGCGCUGGAAUACCCAAAACCGCCAACGACGUUGCCUCACCAGUGAUUGCAAAAAUCAAUUACUUCGCACCAAAUAAUGGAGCCAUUGUUGACCCACGUUUCACCUCACCAACCAAGGAAAAGCAGAUUGGUUUACUUACGAGAGUAUUGCUAAAAGUUGUUGGCUCAAGAAUGUACAAGACAAAAGGCCCGGACGUUGCGCUUCAAGCUUGGCAGGACGUUGGAGACAACUGGUGUGCAUCGGCAGUGCCUAGUGAGCAAGACUCGAUGCGUCUGGGAGUUAAGGCGUCAGAAAUAAUCUACCCUUUCGAGCUGGUGGUGGAAAACUAUCCCAAUGCCGGUUCGAUCUCGCCCAGAUCAAUCCCCAAGAAUAUUGAACUCUGGGCCGACUUCAGCCAUCUCGACAGUUUGGAGUGGGAAAAGCUGGGUAUCAGACACAUGCAGGGAAGCAACCCGUUUGGUUCGAACUAUGCAUUGAUCGGCCAGGCCAGGUACGACGCAUCUGGGGAAGCUCCUCACGUUCAGACAUUCACAUUGGACAUAAACCAAGAUCAGUAUCGACACCAUGCCCAGAAAUUUGUGGUUCGAGUCGUGUCAAAUCAUGGCUCUGACCAUACCUGCCUGUACAGAGUCCGAUUACACGGCAUCUCAAUGAACGGACCGGAGAAAUGA